AUGAAGCAAUUUCUUAUCAUUUUAGCUUGUUAUUUAGCUCGCACCAUCAACGCCGCCCAAACUGUCCUUGACAACAGUUGUCCAUCAGACUCACCAACCUCAUGCUCAACCACUAAAGAAGCAUCAUGCUGUUUCGAAGCACCAGGUGGUAUUCUUUUACAAACCCAAUUCUGGGACUACAGUCCAGCUACUGGCGCCAGUGAUUUAUUCACAUUGCAUGGAUUAUGGCCCGAUAAUUGUGAUGGAACAUAUGAGCAAUUCUGUGACAACUCCAACACUAUUGCUAAUGACGGAAGUAGCGUUGAGUCGAUUAUUGUCGAUUCUUUUGGUGACCAGGAAUUGUAUGAUAAUUUGAAUGGUGUUUGGAAAGAUAUUAAUGGUAAUGAUCAUUCGCUUUGGGCUCAUGAAUGGAACAAACAUGGCACUUGCAUCAAUACCAUCUUGCCCAAAUGUUACACCAAUUAUCAACAGUAUCAAAAUGUCUACAAUUAUUACAAGAUCUUGUAUGACUUGUUUGAGAAUUUGCCCACGUACAAAUGGUUGGUUGAUGCAGGUAUCACUCCUAGCAAUUCGAAAACUUACACCAAGUCGCAGAUCCAACAAGCUUUGAACUCGAAAUUUGGCGCCAAUGUGUACUUUAAAUGUGAUUCAAACAAUGCUAUCAAUGAAGUUUGGUAUUUCCAUCACAUCAAGGGUUCGUUAUUGCAACAACAGUUUAUCCCGAUUGAUUCAUUGUCCAAUACAAAUUGUCCGUCUUCUGGAAUCUUGUUCCCACCAAAAGGAGGAUCCGGAUCAAAUCCUACCACCACAACUACCAACUCAGGACCAGCACCAACUGGUGUUCCAUCGUCCGGUUACAUCAAACUUAGUGAUAAAUCAGGAUGUUUGAUUUCCAAUGGUAAAUACUACACUUCGGGGACUUGUGCCACGUACCAUUUUGCCCAAGCGGGAGAAGAUAACAUCACCAUCAAAUCAUCAAAGGGCAAUUGUGGAGUUGAUUCAUCAAACAACUUCAGUUGUGGAUCGUCAGUUACUUCAACUGGAUUUGAGGUUGAGAAUGGACAAAUCGGAGUUGAUGGGAACUUCAAGUGGUGUUUGGGAGAUUCCACCGGAUCGGGAUCCACAGCACAAACCUCGAUUUACUUGAGUGAUGGUUCAUGUAGUUCAUUCACCAUCAGCGUGUCAAGUAAUUGA